AUGAUCUGCAUCAUACUGUUAUAUUUUGAUGUAACACAAACAUUAUAUAUUGAAACUAUUGACGAAAUUCUUUUACACGUUCAACAUGAUAAACAUUCUUUAUAUUCAUGUCUACUUGUAAAUCGAUAUUGGUGUAGACGAGUAAUUCCAUGGCUUUGGGGUCAUCCCCUGAAAAUUCUAUCGGCUCUUGAACCUGCUAAUAUUGCACCCCUCAUCAGAACUUACAUUUCUUGUCUUUCGGAAAAGGAGAGAUCUUUAUUAAUUCAAUGUGGAAUAAAUUUACCAAACUCUUCUCCACCUUUCUUUAAUUAUGCAUCAUUUCUUAAAGACCUUGAUUAUCGUAGAUUAGAAAUUUCUGUACGUCAUUGGAUCAAAUAUGAAGGAACUUGUGGAAAUUAUCCAACAAAACGUAGAAUUAUUGCUGGAAUUUCUUUAAAUAAUGCUUCUAUAGUAGUUAUGACUGCUCUUUGCAAAUUAUUCUUGGAGGGUGAUCCAACACUUCAUCAUCUUAAAUUAGCUUAUACUGAACGUAUCUUGGAUUUACCGGAUAUUUCUGUAUUUACUCAAGGUCGUUAUGGUUUAUCUUGUUUACAAAAGAUCAAAUUUAUUGUUGGAUCUUUUAAUCGAACAAAACUUAAAAAUAUGAUUACUUUCUUGGAAGCUCUACCUGAUAUUGCUCCAAAUGUCUCUCAUUUAGAUAUAGAUGUUAUCACAACUGAUAAGACUAUGUCUGAUACUUUAGUCUCUAUAAUUGAAGGCCUUUCUUAUCUUUCGGAAUUUAGAUUAUGUGAUAAAAGUAGUGGAGUUACUCAAGUUAUAGAACCAACUAUUUCUGCAUUAAAUAGUCGUGCAAAUUCUUUAACAUCUUUGGAACUUCAUAAUAUUCACUUUCAAGAUUUAUCUUUACAAGGAUUAGCUGAAUGUAAAAAACUUGAAGUACUUCUUAUAAUUCAAUGUUGUUGUUUAACAUUAACAACAUGGAAACCAUUAGAAAAUGCUAAAUUUCCUUUAAAAACUUUAUAUUUGGAUAGUGAUUUUGGUGAAAAAGUCACAAUAGCAAUUUUACAAUCUACAAGCAAUCGAUCUAUCAAACAAUUACAUCUUAGUUGUGCAACUAAUAAAGUAAUAGAAAUUUUACCUAUAUCAUGUCCAUCUUUAUCUCAUCUUGACGUUUGUGUAAGCAACGUUAGUAUCGAACAAUUAGUUACUAUGGUAUCUGGUAUUCAACAAUUACAAUAUCUUGCAAUUAUGGAAUAUGGUGGACAUAAUCCAAAACUUGUUGAAGUUACACCGGAUUUAGGAAAAAUUUUUACACCUUUAUUACAUUAUUUAGAAUUAAAUUUUAUAAUGACAUUUGAACAAUUAGAUGCAUUAUUAACACAUUGUAAAGCACCUUUAGAAACUUUGAUAUUAAAUCAAUAUUUUGAAAAUCAUCAAAUGGCUGAUGAAUAUUUUGCUGCUAUAGCAAAAUUUGCAAAAGAACGUGGAACUCUUAAAAGACUUUGUGUUAAUAAUGAUGGAAUUAAAACUAUUAAUUGUAAUCAAAAAUCGGUUAUUGUUCAAGAUUUAUUAAGAUAUGUUAAAAUAUUAUCUUAUAGUGAUGCAAGUGUUAAGAUUUGUGAACAAAAUUAG